AUUAUUAAAUAUGGCUGCCUCCAUGCUUUCUUGCUGCAUCUGCUAAUCCUGCUUUCCUUUCUGUGGAAAAAAAAGAAGGGAUAUUUGUUGAGUGUUGGAAGUUUCCGGGUCCUAUUCAGCACCAAGUGAGCCGUAAGCGCCGCUCAGUCGGCUCAGUCAUCACCCUCAGAUAUGGCGAGCAGCUCGAAGCGUAUCGUUUACGUUGGCGGGCUCGCCGAAGAGGUGGACGAGAAGGUCCUCCACGCCGCCUUUAUUCCUUUCGGCGACGUGGUUGACGUGCAGAUUCCGCUCGACUACGAGACGGAGAAGCACCGUGGCUUCGCCUUCGUCGAGUUCGAGCAGGCCGAAGACGCCGUCGCCGCCAUCGACAACAUGAACGACUCCGAGCUGUUCGGCCGAACCAUCCGCGUAAACGUCGCCAAGCCGAUGAAGAUCAAGGAAGGCUCGACGCGCGCCGUCUGGUCCGAGGACAGUUGGCUCCGGCAGCACGCCGGCGAAACUCUCAACGAGGACGAAGAAGGCGCCGCCACUGCGGAGACUGAGGACAAGGCGAAGGCGAACCCCCAGGUCUACUUCGACGUGAGCGUGGACGGACAGGAGAUCGGGCGAGUCCGCAUUCUGCUCUACAAGGACGUGGUACCGCUGACAGCCGAGAACUUCCGCUGUCUGUGCACACACGAAAAGGGUUUUGGCUUCAAGAAGAGCACCUUUCACCGCAUCAUUCCGGGCUUCAUGUGCCAGGGCGGCGACAUCACCAACCACAACGGCACCGGCGGCAGAUCCAUCUACGGCAAGAAGUUCGACGACGAGAACUUCGAGCUGAAGCACACCGGUCCCGGCAUGCUGUCUAUGGCCAACUCGGGACCAAAUACCAACAGUUCCCAGUUCUUCCUGACCACGGCCAAGACGGAUUGGUUGGACGGCAAGCACGUGGUGUUUGGGCAGGUCAUCAGCGGCAUGGAAGUGGUAAAAAAAAUAGAGGCGUACGGCUCUUCUUCGGGCAAGGUGUCCAAGAAGGUGGAGAUCUCGAACAGUGGCGAGCUAACGUGAUGACUUUGCCAGUGCAAACUUCUCGAUCCGUUACAUCAAAGACAAAUCAGGAUGGAUUAGACGAGAGUGGUGUUAUAAAAUCAUUUAGGUGGUUACAUAAA